AUGUCCUCAGCGCUGCAGACGAUCCAUUCCAUCUUCAACCAUCACUGGCCGAGCUUGAAGUUGAGACGGCCAAGUGCAUUCGACGAGUACACCGAUGCCUACAAGAAGUCGCAGGACCAGGAAGGAAACGAUGAGAUGGACAGUCAGGUGGAUCAGCUUUCGCAGGAUGCCACCGAAGGUUCGCAAAAGGCCUUAGCCAAAGUUGGAAGUGAACAGUCUGGCGAAGAUGAAGCCAUGAAGAUCAAUGAUAUCGGCAAGACCGACAAGGCCAAAUGCAAAGACGGUUGUCGACUCGGUGAUGGCGCAGGCUUUGCUAUCGGGCCGCCGCCUGAGAACGAAGGCCCAGGCUUCAGUGGUGCCAGCGGGAGUGGCUCAGUGGGCGUUGCCUUUCCAGGUGGCCAGGGCGGCGAAGGUGGCGUUGGAAGUUCCGGUGCAGGAUUUGGUGGAGCGAACGGAGCAAAUGGGGGAACUGGCGGAAGUGGCGGAAGUGGCGGAAGUGGAGGUCUUGGUGGAGGAGGAGGUGAAGCUCAAGUGCCUCAGGAGUGGCUAGAUGCUGACGCUGCCAAAGAAGCAGACGACAGGGCGGUGGAGCUUGUGGCGAAAGAGGCCCAGCGAAGCCAUCGAAGCUUUGAGGAUGUCGCCAACAUGGAUACGGAUGAUGCUGCCAAUGAUCAGUAUGCUCUACUUCCACGGCCAAUCUACACAAUGGACACCAAAUUCGAGGACUCUGAAGGGCACCUGGAAGCACAGGGCUGGCCACCGAAAGGUGCAACAGACAAGUGGGGAGGACCGCCUGUGCAGCUACCUGUGAAUUUGGCAUCGGGGACCAUGGUCCCAAUGGUGUCCGGGAUUGAUUGGACAAGCUUCCUCCUGGCCUUCCUGGCGGCAAGUUGUCCAAGGCCUCGCUGGACGCCCUCGAGGCCCUUAGGUCAUUGCUGGCAGGCCACCAGCUUUGAGACUCCAGACCCAAAUCUGCUGACGACGAUGGCGAUGACUUGGAUGAUACUCCGGAUGACAUCCAAACCAUUUACGAGCAGGAACCGCCACCUCCCGGUGCUCGGGACAAGUUUGGUGGCCCUGCCAUGCAGCAACCAGAUGAUAUGGAAGGCCCUUCGGCCGAAGGCAAUUGCAGGAGUCUCUUGAUGGCAUCAAUAUGUCCCACUCUGCCAAGAAGGCGGAAGCGUGCCAGAGAUUUCCUGUG